GGCGGCGCCGGCGACGCCGUGGCGCAUCCGACGUCCUUCGAGGAGCUCAAGUUGCUGAGCGAGACGGCGGGCAAGCUCGUGGUCAUCGACUUCAGCGCGACGUGGUGCGGGCCCUGCCAGAAGAUCGCGCCCGUCUUCGCCAAGCUCGCCGAGGACGUGCCGGAGGCGCUCUUCGUCAAGGUCGACGUCGACGAGGUGCCCGACGCGUCGGCGCACUUCGGCGUCCAGGCGCUGCCGACCUUCCUCCUCCUCAAGGACGGCAAGGAGGUCGCGCGCUUCCAGGGCGCCAACGAGCCCGAGCUGCGCAGGCAGCUC